AUGUUCUGUGAGAGCACUUCGGUGAACUCAAGCGAUGUGACCCGUGCCGGUGAAGAUUUGCUCAUUUAUCGAAUGCUCAAUUCUACUGUACCCCAGCUUAUCGAGAAAACUUGCCCGCAGUGCCCAAGGUUUACGAGGAAUUGGAAACCUAUGGAAUUUCUGGAUUUGUACAACUUUCGCCGAAGUUGGGCUCGAGACAUCGUCCAUCUGUUGGAUUGGUCAAAUCAUUUUCCAACGUUCAGAAAGCUGUGCUCUGAAGAUAAGGCGAAGGUCUUCAUUGGUCGCUUCACUCAGUUCUCUCUCUUCACCAAGUGCUAUCGUACAUAUCGUGAGGGCUGCAGUGGUCUCCUUCUCGGAUGUGGCAAUGUGUUCCCGUACGAGCAAGAGACCAGACUGAAAGUCGAGGACGAGCAUUUACGGAAGCUGUUCUCUCGGUUAUGCGAUGCUUUGUUUGCUGAGGUAAUUUUUCCAAUGGCCCAUGUGCGCCUCACAGAAGCCACGUACGUUCUCAUGAAGGCCAACAUUUUCCUUUUUGAAGGCCUAACCUUCAGCAGCCUGUCACCAGAGGGAAAAGUGGUGAUAAGCGAAGAAAAAACGCGACAUCGCGCAGCACUGCUUGCUCAUCUGAACGCUAUGAAGGGCACAUUUGACGAGAAACUCAACCACAUUAUUCAAAUUGAACACGAUUAA